GGCGGCAGAAAAGCGCCAAAUCAAAAACUAGGGAAUAACGAUCAAAACUUGAAGGUCCGUGCGAUGGAAGCCAACGCCUCUUGGCAUUAGUCUCCUGUGUGUCCCAUAUGUGCUUUUUAUGUUAACCCGUUUACAGGCAUGUACGUUUCCUACCCUUCUAAAGCGGUUUAACAGUGGUUUGUUAUCAUGGAGGAACUCUUCAGCAAAGCGUUACAAGUGAACGUGCGGUGCAGGGACUGUGAAGAAAGGAAAGCAAACAUUCGUGUCACCAUUGAACUUCAGUUGACAACAAGUCCAGUGCACAAAAGGGAUCUUCUGGUAAGACUAACAGAUGACCUAGAUCCAUAUUUUCUCUUCAACCUCUCUAUAUCAGAAGAAGAUUUCCAAAGUUUGAAAGUCCAGCAGGGGCUACUGAUAGACUUUGCAUCAUUUCCUCAGAAGUUUAUUGACCUGCUUAAUCUGUGCUAUUCUGAGCAAGAGUCGGACAAUCCAAGGUUUCUCCUGCACUUGUCAUGUCAGUCUCCAGUGCUUGAAGGCCCUGCAAAUUUCAGUGUUGUAGAGACAAAUGCAUUCAAACACCUGAAUCACUUGUCUUUACGGCUUAUUCAAGGCUCUGACAAAGAAAUUAAAGACUAUCUGGCAGUGUGUCUCUCAGCGCUUAAGGUAGAGAAGCAGGCUUUAGAGACGAAGCUUAAGAAGACUGAAGAUGAUCUGUCCAGGCAGCUGAGUUAUGCUCAACAGACACUGUCUGAGAAGACUAAAGAGUUGGACAAACUACGUUCAGAGUGGACGAAUCAGACUAGCUCUCUGUCCAGCCGUCAUUCUCAGGAGUUACAGUUGGAGAGAGAAAAGGCUGUAGAGGUACAGAGCAGGCUGCAGCAACAGACUGAACAGCUCCGUGUGGACCUGGAGAGUGCUCAUAAGAAGAGCAACCAACAGCUUCAUAGCAGACUAACAGAGUUGGAGGCCUCCUGCAGAGAGCUGACAGAGAGGAAAUACAAGAACGAGUCUGCCAUCAGAGACCUGAAGAUUAAACUAGUGGGUGCUGAGGAGGAGUGCCAGCGUUCAAAGCAGCAGGUCCUGUCUCUUAGACGGGAGAACAGCACUUUGGACACAGAGGUCCAUGAGAAGGAGCGUUUGGUGAGCCAGCUGCAGAUGAGAGUUGCUGUUCUUGAACAGGAAAUCAAAGAUAAGGAACAGCUUAUGCGUCGCACUAAAGAGGUGCUGGAAGCCACACAGCAGCAGAAGGAAUCUGUGGAAGAAAAUGCUGAAAGUAAAGAACUUCAGAUUAGGAAACUUGAAGCAACUGUGAAAUCACUGUCUGAGGAGCUGAUAAAGGCUAAUGGUAUCAUUAAAAAGCUGCAGGGGGAGGUUCGAGGCCUAGUUGGAAAAAUAAAAGUCAAAAACACUGUGACUGUGUCACAGGAGAAGAUCCUCCAGGAAACAUCGGAAAAACUUAAAAACACUGAAAAGGAUCUACAGAGUGCUCAACAGCAGAUCAUCACAAAGGAUGAACAGGUUUCAAAAUUGAAGGAGCAGUUGGAGAUAACGGUAAAUCAACUAAAUGAAAGUAGAGAAGUGCUAAAAACCAAUGAAAAUGUUAUAAGUUGGCUCAACAAGCAGCUCAAUGAAAAGCAGCUGUCUCCUGAAACUAUGGAGAAUCCUUCAGUUUUAUCCACAACAAGUGUGAGGGCACAGUUUUAUCCUCAGUCAAGUAAACCUGCUGUAUCUCCUGGGGUGACUGCUGAUGUCACUCCUGCUGUACAGCGUGCAGUACAGCCAACCAACAGACAGAUGGGAGACUAUGCAGGUCUGGAUUCUAAGUAUUUUGAGAGGAGAGAUGAUAGCAUCCCAAUCUAUGGCCUGUCAUCUAAUCUGGUUCACAGAGGUAAUCUGAUCAUCUUUUACAAUGAGCUUCACAAUAUUCAGCAUAAACAACAAAGCAGAGAAUAUCAUGUUUUGUAGUAGUACUGGAAGGGUGGUACUUUGGUGUGUCAGGGCAGAAAAGUGUGAGCACAGUGUGCGUGCAACCAGGUUACAGUCACCUUUCUGCAUUAUCCUGAUUUCUUCAUUGUGUAUAUGAGAGGUGUGCUUGCAUUCAAAGUAUGAGAAACUGUUGCAAGGUAGCUUCUAUAAAGAGGUCAAACAAACAGCACUGUACGGCAUGUUAUCAGACCACAACAGAGGGCAAAGUGUUUCUACCUGUUCUGACACACUGGAAGCUGCAGUGGAAAGCCUGCUGUCAUAGCCGUUCCUCGGCACCUCUGCCUUCCCAGUCUCUAAAAUAAGUCUUGGUCUUGUGUGUGUCUUUGUAACCUUGACAUACACCUAGUGUUUUGGUUUGUAGUGUGAUGCUAUUUUGUAAGUCUUAAUACAAAUAAAAGAAAUUCAUCAUAUUAUUAAAAGUUUUUGGUUGAAAUGUUGGUUGAGUGAGGUUGAUGUAGUUUUUUCUUCUUCUUUUCAGAGUUUCCUCAGCGAACAAAGCCUCCUGUGGCUUCUGCUUAUUUCUCUGCAUGAUGCAGAAAGUACUAGAUGUAAGGACAGAAAGGCCUUCUUUCCAGCUAGAGGUGGAAGUAAGACAUUAAAACUUCACCAUCUGCUUUAUGUCUUCUACUCCUAUACAAAACUCUUACUGACCUGCUGUACUACGUAAACGUGUUUUUAGAUAUUUUAUCUGCUACUGGGCUAUGUGUCUGUCUUUCAAUUUGUGGUUCAAGUAAAUUCUGUUAAAAUUUUAUGGUAGAUUUCAGUGAUUUCUAUUUCUCCUUACACAGUAGUGUAAAGUGUUUUUUCAUUGUUUUCUGUUGUAUUUCAGUUGUGUGAGUUUGUCUGUAAUAAACACAGUAAUUCCUAAGUAUC